UCAAAAGAGCUAUCGAAACUGAUAUUCGUGCUGGUGCUAAACUCAUUCGCUUCCAUUUCCACGAUUGUUUCGUCCAAGGCUGCGAUGGGUCUGUUUUGCUAGAGGAUCCUCCUGGCUUCGAGACCGAGCUCAACGGACUUGGAAACUUAGGAAUCCAAGGAAUCGAGAUUAUCGACGCUAUCAAAGCUGCCGUCGAGAUAGAAUGCCCUGGCGUUGUCUCCUGUGCCGACAUCCUAGCUCAAGCCUCUAAGGACUCUGUCGACGUGCAAGGAGGACCCAGUUGGAGAGUUCUAUACGGCAGAAGAGAUAGCAGAACAGCCAAUAAAACAGGGGCUGAUAACCUCCCAAGCCCCUUCGAAAAUCUUGACCCACUCGUAAAAAAAUUUGCAGACGUUGGUUUAAAUGAAACCGACCUUGUUGCUCUAUCAGGGGCACAUACGUUUGGUCGGUCCAGAUGCGUGUUCUUCAGUGGUCGUUUGUCCAACUUCAGUGGCAGUGGGCAACCAGAUCCAACGCUGGAUCCAACUUACAGGCAAGAACUUCUAAGCGCUUGUACAAGCCAAGACACACGAGUGAAUUUCGAUCCAACAACACCUGAUAAAUUUGAUAAGAAUUACUUCACCAAUCUUCGAGCCAAUAAAGGGCUGUUACAGAGUGACCAAGUUCUGCAUUCAACGCAAGGGGCUAAAACAGUUGAAAUUGUUAGACUUAUGGCGUUGAAACAAGAAACUUUCUUUAGACAAUUUCGGUUGUCGAUGAUUAAGAUGGGGAACAUUAAACCAUUAACUGGAAGCCAAGGGGAAAUUAGAAGAAACUGCAGGAGGGUUAAUGACUUGGGAAGUGAAACAGGGCAUGAUGUUAUGUAAAUUUUGUCUUCCCUCUUACGUUUGUUUGUUUCUCUCUUCCACUUCCAUCUCCUUUCUAUAAUAAAUUAGCUCCACUACAUCACCUC